GUGGUCGAAACACCGUUAGAAAUCAAAAACAAGAGAGUUUCCGACCUGUUGCCGGUUAGCCUUUGUCUAACUGUCUAGACAGGUUCGUUGACCUAGCAGGUCGGUUCUCGACCAAAAGCAAAAUUCCGAGUCGGUUUCUCCGUCGGAAAUUACUUUUUAACCGUUAAAAAGUUAAAUUUUACGGAUAGAAUUCGUUUUCUACCGUUAGAAAGUGAAAAGCCGACCUAGUUGCGGCUAAGAUCGACCUAGAACCGUUACUUUACCGGUGUCGGUGUCGGUGUCGGUUCCGCUCGAUUUCCUCCGUCCGAGGUCGGAAAUCCGUCGUUUCCGAGUAAAAAUCCGCCGUUAAAGUUGCGGGUCGGUGUUCAAACCGAUGGUCCCCGUAUUAUUGGAGUAAUCCGUUCGCGCUGCAGACUCUCGUUCGAGUCUGAUCCGUCAGUUGGGAGAAUUCCGUGCUGUUGGGAAUGUGCUCUUCAAUGUGGAAGAGACAGAGAAACUGUGCUCACCAGCUGGGUGAGAAUCACUUCAGUGAUCCUCGUUUUCCUCAGCUGUAAGACGAUGCGAUCAGUCCGAUCGACAGUCAAUGCAGAGAUUGCUUCAGCAAUCUGUCUGACAGUGACUGAAAAGGUUCCUCACGAGUUCUCCGUAAUUGAAGCCUUCACCGUCUCCUCAAAGGUUCCGUAGGAAGGAAAACCAGAAAAGAUGCUGCUACCAUGUAACAGACAAGCACGAGGAGAUCACGAGUGAUGCUUUAUUGUACAAAUAAAGGGGGAACAAUGCUGCGUAAUAGCAGGAAAGCAAGAACAUAGCCGUGAUGGCCAAGCAAGUGUGUGCUAGAAAAGCUCUUGAGCGUCCGUCAAGGCGUGAAAGAAGCAACUGGCGGCAAACACGUGCUGUGUGCCAUCAGCUGUGUGAUGAUGCGCAGACUGGACUCAAUCCAACGCGAGCGUAUCAACGCUGAGUCAUACCGCGAGAGAGGAACGAGAGAGCAAGUGUGGCUCAGUGUAUGCGCUGCGUAUAUCCGCUUCAGCGGAUGAGUGCAGUGCAGCAGCACACGUACGUACAGCGAGAGAGGUGGUAUCGGCAAGCAAUGGUGCAAGUACGUCCUGUGUGGACCGUACGCACCAGGCGCAGUCGUACUCCUCUGACACUGGCAUCCGGUUUGGUUUUAUCGAAUUUAAUUUGAUUUUUAUUGCAUUUGAUAUGAUUUCUAGAGAACUUUACGUGAUAUGUAUUGAUGUUGAUUUGAUUUUACUGAAUUGAAUUUCACUUGAGUUGGCGCGCAAUGUACAUCCCGCGCAGCUUCAUGUCCAUCGCCACCAUCUCCAUCGCGCCCACGCCGCUGCACACACUGAGCUUCAGCGGCGUGUCCUUCGACAUCAAGCAGGUGCCCAUGGAGGACAACUACCGGGCGCUGUAUGACGCCUGCGUCGAGCUGUGGACAUUCGCCAGGGAGAAGUUCGCAGCAGCGGCUGCGCUGUUCGACGCCGAUCCGCGCACGCUCAAGCACAUGUGGGGCCAGUUCUGGGGCGCGCAUCAGCGCUUCUUCAAGUAUUUGUGCUUAUCCGCCAAAGUCCGCCACACCGUGCGCACUGCCAAAGCCGCCGUCAAAGAGGGAAAGUGCGUGGUGAUCGGACUGCAGUCGACGGGGGAGGCGCGCACCCUGGAGGUGCUGGAGGAGAAACGCGGUGACCUCACCGAGUUCGUCUCCACGGCCAAAGCGGUGUUCGGGUCGUUGGUGGAGAAGCACUUUCCGGCCUUCGACCGGCGCAAGGCCCUGGAAACGGUGGGCAUGGCCGACCUGCUGGAGGACGCCAUGGACGACGCGCUGGAUGUGGAGCCCGAUGCGCUGCUGUCCGGCAACGCCAAACGCCGUCCCAAGCGGCGAAAUCGCACAGUGGUAGAGUCAUACAAACUGCCCGGUAUGUCGGAGUUUGAGGACGACGACGACGACUCUAAGGAUGAGGAGAGCGACGACGAUCGGCCCGGGCCAGCAGCGCAGCCGUCCUCUUGCGGGCGCGCAUCGCGGGCGGCUGCCAUGGCGGCGGCCUCCGUCAACCACAAAAUAGUCGCUGCCAACAGUAGCAAGACCGGAGCCGACAGCGCCAACGGGAACGGGAAGAAGCGGAAGAAGUCCCGGACGGUCAAUGCGUACAAAAAGCAGGCGAAGAAGCGUAAAUCCGGCACGAGCGACGAGGAGGAGGAGUCGGAUGCGUCGGAUUUCGUGCCCAGCGAGAGCAGCUCGUCGGCCGAGGAGAGCGGCAACGAGGCGGAGGAGGACGACCCGGCCAGCGGCGAGGCCUCGGGCUCGGGAUCCGGCUCGGAGGAGUCCCUCUACAGCGACGAAGGCAACCCAUGGGUGAGGCUGCUGGAAACGAAGAGAAAAGCGAAAAAGCAGCAGCGGAAGAAGGGCAGCACCGCCGACAAGGGGAAAGUGGACGAUGAGGGUGGUGCACAGGCUGUGCCGCCGCCAGACGGGCUGUCGUCGCGGGAACUGCAGGAUCGCGCGUGGAAACUGAAGCAGGACGUGCUGGACAAAUUCGCAGACGUGUCGGACCGGCUGCCGCCCAACACGCUGGACGACCUGAUCGACCAGCUGGGCGGGCCGGAAGUGGUGGCGGAGAUGACGGGGCGGAAGGGGCGCGUGGUGGCCACCGAGGGCGGCGGCGUGCAGUACGAGGCGCGCAACGAGUCGGACGUGGCGCUGGAGAUGCUGAACCUGGCGGAGAAGCAGCGCUUCAUGGACGGCCACAAACUCCUCGCCAUCAUCAGCGAGGCGGCCAGCUCCGGCAUCUCGCUGCAGGCCGACCGGCGCGCGCUCAACCAGCGCCGGCGCGUGCACAUCACGCUGGAGUUGCCCUGGUCCGCCGACAAGGCCGUGCAGCAGUUCGGACGGACGCACCGCAGCAACCAGGUCAGCGCUCCGGAAUAUGUCUUUUUAAUCACGGAUCUGGCCGGCGAGAAGCGGUUCGCGGCGGCGGUGGCGCGGCGACUGGAGAGUCUGGGGGCGUUGACGCAUGGAUAUCGGCGGGCGACGGAUUCACGGGAUCUGUCGGUGUUCAAUAUCGACAACAAGUACGGGCGACAGGCGGUGGAGAUGGUGCUGCGCAAGACGGCCGGGAUGGAGUGGCUGACGGAGUGGGACAAGGAGAACAUGGGGAACAAGUUCUUCAAGGAGGCGCCCAAGGCGCUGCUGGAUGCCGGCUUCCUGGUGCAGGAGGAGGGUCGCCGACCCCGACUGGAAAAAGAUAAUUUGGCGAUGGAUAGAUUCCUGUACCGGCUGCUGGGCAUGAAAGUGGAGAUGCAGAACGCCAUCUUCGACUGCUUCUCCUACACGAUGGACCGGCUGAUUGACACGGCGAAGCGAGAGGGCUGCUUCGAGAUGGGCAUCCUGGAAAUGGGUUUCGGCAGCACGGAAGUGGUGCCGGAGAAGAAGCUGACCUUCGUCGGGAAGACGGCGUGGAGCGCGCCGCCGGCCUUCCUCUACUCCAUCUCCGGGGAGCGCGGCCUGUCCUUCGAGGACGCCCAGGAGAUCCUCAACGAGUACGACGACGCCAGCAGCGGCUUCUACAUUUCCAAACAGGUGCUGUCCGGGAAGCAGACGGUGUGGAUGGCGGUGGUGAAGGGCGGCGGUGACACCGCCCGGGGCAGCGCCUACUGCAUCUACCGGCCGCACAGCGGGAUGCAGCUGCGCUGGGACGCGCUGGAGGAGGUGCAGCGCAAGGGGCGGCUGGUGGCGGCGGAGGAGGCGCGGCCGGUGUGGGAGGCCAUGUUCAGCAGCAUGGGCAAGCGCUGCGUGCACGCCUACUGGACCGGGCAGUGGCCGCGCGCCAACCGCGCCGGCUGCGACGUCGGCCAGCGGCGCCGACUGAUGAGCGUGCUCACCGGCAGCGUGCUCAGCGUCUGGACGGAGAUCGGCCCGAUCCUCUACAACAAGCAGGUGGUCAAGCGCAUCCAGAACGUCCGCAUGCGCUUCCGCGACAACCAGCGCAUUGUCUCGAAGCGCAAGGUGCUGCUAAUGGACGAAGCGGACGGGGCACGUGCACGAGGAGCAGGACUGCAGGAGGAGCGGCAGGACAAGCGCAAGGAGGCCAAGCAGAAGAAGCAGCGCCAGAAGGCCCUCAGAAGAGCCACGUCAUCCCCGCUUCAGCUAGCUAGUCAUUUUGCUGAUUUAUUAAUGGGAAAAUGACUGAUUAAUUUAAUAAUGGGAUUUAUUGAUCUAAUGAAGGGGAGAUUUGUGUGCAGUAUUGUGCUGCUGGUUGCUCGUUUGCUGGUGUUUAUUGCCAACCGUUGUAGUCAGUUAUUGUAACGAAAUGCAGACAGAAAGCCAGUGUUGUCCGAUGCGAGUUGUCACGUAUUGAAGCACCGGUUUUAUUG